AUGGUCAGAGCAGAGAGUGACGUCCACAUGGUCAGAGCAGAGAGUGACGUCCACAUGGUCAGAGCAGAGAGUGACGUCCACAUGGUCAGAGCAGCGAGUGACGUCCACAUGGUCAGAGCAGCGAGUGACGUCCACAUGGUCAGAGCAGAGAGUGACGUCCACAUGGUCAGAGCAGAGAGUGACGUCCACAUGGUCAGAGCAGAGAGUGACGUCCACAUGGUCAGAGCAGAGAGUGACGUCCACAUGGUCAGAGCAGAGAGUGACGUCCACAUGGUCAGAGCAGAGAGUGACGUCCACAUGGUCAGAGCAGAGAGUGACGUCCACAUGGUCAGAGCAGCGAGAGAUGUCCACAUGGUCAGAGCAGAGAGUGACGUCCACAUGGUCAGAGCAGAGAGUGACGUCCACAUGGUCAGAGCAGAGUGA